UUCGUGCUGCGUUAAAUCGGCUUAUGAUCAGGCAAAAGUCGUUGAUUCCACAUGUUACUCGUGUAUCAUUUGGGCAGUCGGCGAGGUACUUCCAAGCAGUAAGCAUAUGCACGCAAUCCGCGGAUUUGCUGGGAAGUGGAGAGGUUCCCCAUAAAAUAACGAUUUUUACCAUAUCAAUUAACGCGAAAGAGCCCAUUUUCCUUAUUAUUAACAAUGAGCGCGAUUCGUCCACUAAAUGCCGCCCUGCAAGAAAUUUGCACCAGGGAAUUGAACGAGAUUCCAGCCCGUGUGUCCCAGGACAUCGAGGCUCUGAGGGAUUGGGUACUGAAGCAACCACAUCUGCGGGCCUGCACCGAUGACCAGUUUCUGCUCGCCUUUCUGCGCGGCACCAAGUUCAGUCUGGAACGGGCCAAGGAGAAGUUCGAUCGGUUCUACACGCUGCAGCGGUCCAUACCCGAGGUCUUUAAUGAUCGGCGCCUGGCCACCGAUCCCCAGGUGCUGGACAUCGUACGAACGGGAGUACUCCUCCAAAUCCCCAUGGCGGCAGACGAUCCAGGUCCGCGGGUGACCAUAAUUCGAGCUGGUUCCUACGACACGAGUAAAUACAAGUUCCAGGACAUAAUCCGCGUGGGCUCCAUGUUCGGUGAGAUCAUGAUGUUCGAGGACGACAACGCCACGGUCAGUGGCUAUGUGGAGAUAAUGGACAUGGCUGGAAUUACGGGUUCCCAUCUCUUUGCCCUGCAGCCACAGUUGCUCAGUAAGUUCUCCACCUUCGCGGAUGAGGCGAUGCCGACGCGUCAAAAGGGCAUACACUUCAUCAAUGUUCCUGCGGCCUUUGAAACUGGCUUCAAUUCCUUGCGCUCUUUUUUCCCCGCCAAAAUUAAGAGUCGUAUCUCGGUCAGCUCCGAUCCGGCGGCCAUAUUCGAGCUAGUGCGUCGCGAGCAUUUGCCCCAGGAAUACGGAGGAACUGGGGGCACUCUGCAGGACAUAAGCCACACUAUGGAGGCGAAACUGUCCAGUUACGGACCCUACUUUCAGGAGAGCCAAACAUUCGGUGCCGAUGACAAGCUGCGCGAAUUCGGAGACCAUGUGCGAAGGAACCACCGCUCCUCCUUUGGAGCUGUGGGCUCGUUCCGGAAACUGGAGAUCGACUGAAAGUAAACCAAAAGCAACAGCGUAGAUUACAAAUGCAACUCGAGAUUCUAGCUGCCUUAAUCUUAUCGGAACUUGUAGAGCAACAAACAGAAAUCGUGGAAAGAUAAGGUCUCCGGAAUUAGAAGAUUUUUGAAAUUUUUUCCCGCCCACUAGUUGAGUAACCGGUAUCUGAUAGUCGAGUUCCCACUUGUUAAAACUUGCAAUGCUUAUCAUGUUGUUGUUUCUUAUAUUACUUAUUAGUACAUUUUGCACGGAAGAAAUUUUAAUUUAUUUAAUAAACCAAAUUAGUUGUCCAUUUUAAAA